UUGAAGCGGUCAGCGCGCCGCGCUACGAACCCGGCCACCCGAUUUCGGCUCACGGCCAACGCCGGCGACGAUUAUCGAACCGGGCCCUGGGCCUCCACUAGAUCGACUCAGCCUCAAAUGAGUAACCUGGUGUAGCGGCGUGUAGUGACACAGCGCCACUGGGGGAGACGAAGGCGCUCGCCGACAGCACUUUGCCCCAAUUGUUAAAGGCGACAGCGGGAGAUCUUUAUCUUUGAAGGUGGCGAUGAUGGUGGUGGUGGCGGUGUGUGUGUGCAGGCUUGUUGUGAGCUUACACUGUACCGGCCACCCCCCACCGAACCAAGCCACACGGAUGUGAGAGAGAGAGAGAGAAUUGAUAAAUGAAAUAAAUAAAAUCGUGAUACAAGAAGGUGCCCCCCCCCCCUCCGCGUGCGACGCCGACCACCGCCGUCUUCAAGCGCAGCGGUGGAAGGAUGAAAUAAAAUAAGAACUCUCCGCAAGUUCAAAAUACAUUUUUCGGCUUCGUGAACAAGCAGCAGCAGCUGUAGUCUCGCUGGAGAAGUUGUUGCCCAGCUGCGAGCGGUAAAUAGCACGUGCGUGGGACAUUCCCCAAAGCGGCCACAGUAGGGGCACACUGCGGUGGCCAAGCCGUCCUGUGGGAGUGACCGACCGGAGCGCGAUGUGCUGACGUGCGGUUGCCUUGACGUCGUAAACGUGGUUCGCGUGGAGAUGAUGCGCGACCCGGAGUAAGCGCUGCGCGGGAGCCAUGGCCUAAUUCCGUAAUGUGCGACGGGCGGCUCGUAAGAGAGCUCAGGUGGAAGCGGAGCUGCUGAGCAAGACGCAUCAUAGUAUUAUAAAAAAAAAAAUCCCAUCGCCGCCAGGCCCCCAACGCGAACUCUGCGACUAACGAUGGAGGGUCAAGUGAAAGACCACAAGAAAAGUACACUGGCCUCUCGUCUGCCGCGGCUGACGCGCCGCUCUCCGGCACGGCCGGCCGUGAGCAGCGGCAGCAGCCCCCUGUACGUCGACUCGGGCACGAGCUCCGCGUCGGGGAAGACCAGCAGCAACGGCAGCGACAGCAUCACCGGCAGCGCCGGGACAGGCGACUCGGCGGGCAAGCGCUUUAGCUUGUUCCGGCGCCCGUCGUUUGCGCUCCGGAGCAGCAAGAAGAAGACGCCGUCGUCCCCGACGGCGGCGGCAUCGGUAGCGACGCCCACGAUGGUGCCGAUGCGGCCGAUGGGAGGCGAUGCGGCCAACCGCGACUCGAUGGGCAGCGGCGAGCGGGAGUUCAGCUUCUGCGAGUCGCCCCGUGACGGGUUCAACUCGGCCACCCUUGAGUCCAAGUCGAGCCGCUGCAGCAGCAGCGUGGACAGCAGGGAUGACGCGGCCUCGGGCUCGAGGUUCUCCCGAGGCUUCCGCUUCCCGACGGGCGGCGAGCGCAGCAGCAAGAAGGUGAAGCGGUCGCUCUCCGACUCGUUCGCUCGCGAGUCGCUGCUCACGUCGGCGACACGCGGCGUGUUCCGCAGCUGCAUCCGGCCCAACCGCAACUCGGGAGAGUUCGACAAGGCAGUGAUGACCGGCUACCGCAACGCCGCCGUGGCGCUUCCCCUGCUGGAGCUGACCGAGGAGACGGAUCCUCGGGAGCUCCAGGAGAGGGAGGCUGCGCCGGCGAUUGCGGCGCCGGUAGAAGGGGAGGAGGAGGAGCGGUCGCCAGGCGUGGACUCCCUUGAGGCGGCCGUGGAGAGGCCGCUGAGGUUCGUGAAGACGGCGUCGGCAGACAACGUGUGCGAGGUGUGGAGCCUGACAGGGUCGCGGGAGAGCUCCGUCUUCCAGAACAUCAUCGUGAAGACGCAGAGCACCUCCAGCCACGUCUGGGAGAGAAACCAAGCCGAUGUCGACGGCGAUUCGGCCCCCCGAGCCGGCGACGGGAAGAGUCCACGUCGGCUCCACCAAGCGGACGGGCCGAACGCCGCCGAUCAAUCGGCGAUGAAAAACGCCAACGCACACGCCGGCGUUGACCGAGUGGACGAUGACGACAAGCGGGGCUGCCUCGAGAAGCCCGCGACAGCGCCGACUGACGGGCACAACGGCCGUCACCGCGCCUCCCCGGGAACGUCUGCGCCACACCCCGGCACCGUCAGCCCGGCGUCCCCGCGAAGGACACCGGCGAGGGCGGACCCGUCGCGGCCCGGCCUUCCUCUCGUCGCCGAGACUCGCUCCGCGGAGAGGGAAGCCGCGGCGCCCGGCGUCGACGGGCGUGCCGUGGGCGGAUCGCGCUUUUUUUACCAGGGCGGCUCGGCGCAUCACCCCGCGACGAACCCUUGCGGUGUCGGCGUUGCUCCGACAGCGGCUGACGCGCCGGCCCCCUCCGGGGACGUCACCGGCACCCGGGGGGUCGACCCCCGGGGCACGGAGAGCGGCCCCGAGAGCUUGGCGUGGAGCGUGAACGAGAGCGUGGUGCGGGCCGGCGGCGCGACGGCGGCGCGGCGGCGCCAGGCCCAGGAGCUGCACAUCGAGGAGGUGGCGGUGGCGGCCGCGUGCUGGGACGAGGCGCACGGGGCGGCGGGGGGACCCGGCGCGGACCCUGGCGGAGACGCCAGCUUUCCGCACAGACCUCUUCCGCUCAAGGCGGGCGGCAGGGCGCAGGCCGGGGAGUUCUUGCGGCGCUUGUCUGAGGGCUCGGAGGGAGAUGGAGCGCUGAACGACGACAACGACGGCGGUGGUGGCGGCGUGGCGGUUACUGCGGCGGCGAUGCCGGUGCCGGCGUCGCGGCACCGGCAGCACGACGAGGACCGGAGGGACCGCGGCGAGAGCUUCGCCUCCUCUGGAGUGAACAGCAUGGACAUGCUGCACAGUCUGGGCUCUCUGGAGCUCGAUGAGGAUGACCUCAUGCUUGACUCGGAGCACCUUGAACUAUCGCUGAAUGGGCUGAGCUUGCUCACAGGUGGCAUUGAGCCGCUGCAAAGCCCUGGGGACAUGCGGCAACUGAAUCUCCAGCGCUGGACAGAGAACGCACAAAGGGGCCGCACCCGGACGCGCUCUGAGUGCUCGCAGCCGGAGAGAGCGGAGCAGCCGGACCCCGCAGGGCCUCCGCAUCAGCGUACGAGUUCGGCCCACGCAAGCCACCCCGCCUCUCUCCUUCCAUCGCCGUCGCUGGCCCCCCCAAAAGACCGCGGGAACGGCGCUCCCCCGCCGAGCUCCCCCAGCGUGCGCCACCAUGGCUGCUCCCUGCCCCCCCUUGGAGGAAGCCCCCCAUCGCGAGCGGCUAGCCGUCACCCCCGCUCCCCCCUCGAGCUGCCCUGGUCAUCGGAGGAGGGCCUCUGCAGCCCCGAGCAGCGCGGCACCACCUACAGGCACAUAAUGACCGAAUGCACGGCGCUCAAGACGAUGCUGUUCCGCUUGCGGAGAGUGCUACAUGAGGACUCGGACGUGAGCCCCUCGCCUGCCACUCCGCCGCCGGCGUUCCCCGGCGGGAAGGAGGAGGCCGACUGCAUUGAUCAGGUGCUGCUACUGGAGGAGAUGGAACAACUCCGAGACAAAGUCCGAGAUCAGGAGAUGAUGAUCGAGCGAUUGCAGGCGGAGCUGGAGGAGAGAGGCAGGGAUGGAAGAUCGGCGUCUGUCGCGGCGGGGACCUCCUUCGAGUCACGGCCCCCUCGCGCCGAGCGUGGGACGCAAACCACCGAGCCCACGCAGCCCGCGAACACGUGCCGCCGCCCGACUACAGACACAGUGGCCAGCGUAGCGGGCACUUUGGCAGCCACACGGCCAUCCGCGGGCCCCAGUGAGGCAGCUCGGCCAGACCUCCAAUUUGCCGAUCGUUUUCAAGCUUCCCAUGACGAAUCCUCUGGACGCGUCGGGGACCUGCACGUCAAAACGGAACUCGUCGCGACUGCAGAAUUGUCCCGGUCGCUGCAGCAGCAGCAGCACGCAUCCGACGGCCUUUACCGCUGUGGUCCCUGCAGCGUCCUUAUUGAUCGCGACGGUAAAACGGCGAGAGCAAAGGACUCAGACGAGUGCAGGUCAUGCGCCAGCCCACGAGAGCGGUUCUUUGAACCGCAGUCUCGUUACAGACCUUGCGCCGCCUCGGCUUCCGCCGCGCAGGGCGAGAACGAAGCGGCGCCGGUGCGGCCUCCGGAUGAAACAAGCUGGCCGGUUGGCUCGAGUGACCCCGCACGAGGCGGGGCGGUCGAAGGCUUCCGCGCGGGAAUUGCUCCCAUCGCCAGGACGGUGGAGGCGAAGAACGGCGUCGACGCCGCGUCGGUCGACCUCCGGAGGCACGCCGCCUGGGCCCCGGUGGGCGACGGGCGCGGCGAACGCGCCGACUUCACGGCCGGCGCGGCCGGUAUCGGCCGCCUCGAUAACCCCGCACCGGUGGGAGGCCUGCGUACCUCGACCGGGAAUGGCAAACCGGUUGACGGUUCGGAGGACAGAUUUCUUGGCCCGCGGUGGGACGAACCGACGAGCGGAUGGCAAAGCCAAACGGAGCGACCGUGCGACCAGAUGCGAGGACUGGGUCACCUGACGUCGAUCCCCAUGCCAAGAGGAGGAGGAAGAGGAGGAGGGGACUUGAGGUGCUUCUCAUCACCGCUCCCAGGGCACUUAGCGGAAUGGGUCUGCUCCGAAGGCGAGAUUGCAGAUAACGGCUCGGGUAUUGCGGUGUCUGGAGAAGGAAAUUGCUGUCAACUUAUCGCUCAAGACAAGCCCGGUUUUGUUGUCAGUGUUUAAUUCUCCCAGAUGCCUUUUUGUAAUCUCUCUCUCCUUACCUUCAUGGGAAUGAAGGUUGUUUUUCUGUGGAGCUGUUUAUUGGGGAUAUUGAUUUUUGUUGAUACGAUACAUAAAGAAGGGCAGUGAUCUACUUUAAUGCACAAUACAUAAAGUACAAUAACACAGAUUAUGAGUACCACAUUAAUAACAAUAGCCAUAGCGGUGGCCUGCUUUAUGCGGUGUAUAUAAGGUGUAAAUUUCUCGACAUUAAAUCACACACACGGACCGUAGUAGAGGUUUGAAAGUUGAAUUCUGCAAAUAGCAGAUUUGUGAUUCCGAAAAACAAACCAAUACACGCACGUACGCACGCACGCACGCAUGCACGCGAGCGAAAAAACCCAAACUCUUUGUACAUAUUAUAUCUUGAGACAAAUGUCCAAGGACAUUUUGAUGGCGUGAAUAGAAGACCUUUUAAACACUUGUGCUUUUCCAAGCGUUAUCAAACAGGGGCGAGUGCUGGAAGACUCCGUAUAGGAAAAACGUCGAGUGACAGGAAUUACUUUAAAAUGCAUCGGGUGAGUCGAAUGUAUAUAUGAAAAAAAAAAUCCACGUUUCUUUAAGGGUACAUCUCAAUAUAUUGCACAUUCCAUUGUAUUGUACAGGAUAAGUAAACACUCUUACACUGGGUUUUUAAUGACUGUAAACGAUUGUUUUUGUUUGGUAUCUACUUGUUGUGUGGGCACAAUGCAAUUUACACGAGGGGGGGGGUGGAGGAGGCGGUGAUGGAGAAACAGCAUUGUGGGUGUUCAGGGUGGACAGUGGCAGGAGCUGGGAGUAGGACUUGAUUCCGGUGGGAGGGGAUUCCGUGGAACCUUUCACUCAUCGCUCUAUGGGGUAUUCUCAGGCUGCACUGCGCAUUGUUCGUCUUGAUGUCCGACGUUUCACUCCACGUGCUUGGGAGCUCCAUCAGUUCUCAAAGUUAUUCUCCAUGUGCCGGGGAGCUUGUUGAGGAACCGAGGAGUUGAACAAGGUCCCACCGAGCACGUGCCGUGCCGAACGUUGCGCUGUGCAGCCCGAAAACGUGUGUACAGCACGGCCGCCAUCGCUUGUGGUUGAGAUGCAGAAUGUGAAUGUUGUUGCUGCGGUGAACGCCUCCAUCCCUCCACGGCCUGAGCGCGCUCCGCACCGCCUGUGCGCUUGACGUCCCCACGUGUUUGCGUGCGCAAGUGCAACGGCGCCUAUUUAUUUGCACUUAAUCAUGUAUAUGUUGCGCACGACGUUGCCUCGUGUAAGGUCCACUCUUCUCCGCCCUUUUGGGCCGAAGCCGCUCGGGUCGGAUGCACCCGAGCGGCCGUCUUGUCUGUCUGGGAUGGCGGCGCGCGUUUGUGUCGCUGGACAUUUGAGAUGCGACGCCUUCCGCCUUCCGUGCUGCAAUCACCAAGUGUGAAUCUUUAUAAUCUUCGACCCGUGCGUGCACGCGCGUGUGCGUGUUGGCACGUAACGCCACAACGAAUGAUAAACGCCGAUUCCAGUUGGUUGUACGGGACAGGUGGCUUCAAUAUGUAAAACAAUAUGGCCCACUUGAGAGUAAUUUUUGUUGGUACGUUUUUCGAGGGACAGUAAGCGCAUUGUGGAUCGCGAUGCUCGUGUGUGAAUAUACGGCCUGCCUGGGUCUCGCAUCGCUCUGCAGCGAAUUGUUUUUCGCUUGUUACGCAGCGAUAUUUUAUUCAUAUUUGAAGCCAUAGGUGAACAAACAAAACCGUGCAUUUAAUUACUUGAUGAAGUACUGUGGGCAAGAACAUAUUAUGAAGUGUGUUGUGGUUCGUUUGUCUCUUUGAAUACAAAUAUAGAUUUAUUUACAAUGGGAGGGGUGGGUGUAGUCUGGCCGCAUGCUUUUACAGAACAAAUUAUAAAACGCAGCUCGCGAACACGGAUAUCCAGCCCGCGAUGCACAAAACGCAAACAUCGCGUACAUUCGAGGCAUCCUCUCGCCUCGUCACAACGCGUGAAAUGUAACGGAAGCUUUAAUAUGCAGCCGAAAUGUAACAAUUGUGAACGUGUAAAAAACACACAAAAACAUCAAUGUACAUAUAUAAUAAUCGAGGAAACUUUGCAUCCCUUUGUAAAGUGACCACGCGCAAGGGAUGUUCCUUACAGCAGUCCUGACCCCCCCCCAGCUCCUGAUGUUAUCACCAGCGUUUGCGGGGAGGCAUCUUUAAGCGGGGUGCUGUGACGUCCCUUCGUUGCCAAGCAACUCCCAAGUGUGCCCGAUGGUGACCAACCUUCAGUGUUCUUCUAAUCGUUGCGCACGCGUUGUGUGCCUGGUUGUGUGUGUGUGCACGCGCGCGCAGAGUUUCUCUCGAUGAUGAGACACCGGAAUCGCAUCCCACGCGCUCCCCACGGGAUGUGAGCGUGUGUGCACGCGCGCGUGUUGGCCAGCACCGCGCCCGGCCGCCUUUGUCUAACCAGUGGCGAUGUUUACUCCACAUCGCACCAGGUACUUAUUUAAGGCUGAGUCGACCUAGGGGGGGGGCCCAGCACCGGUUCAGAUAAUUGUCACUGGCGUUGGCCGUGAGCGGGAGAAUCGAACUCCGGUCGCCGGGUUCGUAACGCAGCGCGCCAACCGGUACACUACCGCUCGCCACACACGCACAUAUGCGCGCACACACACACACACGGGAGCAGAUAACCCCCUACGGCCAGUCACGUGCAGCGACGAUAGUUAUUUGUGGUACGCCUGUGCAAUAUGGGAGAGCGGUUGCGCUUCUUACAGUCGACAAAGGGAGGAGAUAAACUAUGUUGUGCUCGAGUAGGGUUUUUUAAACUACCAUUUUCUGUUAUCCGUUCUUUGUAUGAGCCAGCAGUGCUUCUUUGUGUCUAGUGGGUAGCUGCACAUUUUAAUCUUUUUCAGUAGUAUGUGAUGGGUGUUUUAUGUUUUUUAUGGGAUUCCCUCAAUACAAGGUUCAAAACACUCGUAACUGAUUUUAUGCGAUGGUGUUGCUGAUUGUUGGUACGGAUAAAAAAAAACGUUCAAUGGUUCAAGUUUCACCUGUGAAAAAAUAAAAUU